GCUGACGCACAUCUCGCAUCGAGAGAUGUACGGUAGUAUAGCACGAGAGCGAGCGGUAUUUUUUUCCCCGAGUUUCAGCCCGCAGGAACGCGUUCCUCGGUCUCCGUCCCUCCUUCUCCGUCUCUCUCUUUCUCUGUCUGUCUAUCUCUCGGCGUUUCGAGCGAGAAACAGCUGAUCGCCGUCCCUUUAAUAGCGUCGUCGAGCCGUCGUCGUGCGAGGUGAGUCGCUCGAGAUCGUUAAGAGGGAUUUGUCAUCUAGGAGCCGCGAUCGGCGCAGGAAUGUUGACUACGUUUUCACCAUGGACAAACUGAGAGUGAGGUUGGAGUAAAAGUGAGGUGGAUUCGAAAGUAUAAACGAAGCGUUCCACAGCAACAGGCGUGACGUAGAAAGGGUCAGUACACAACGACGGACAAGCCGCCUAGCUUGAAGUUAAUCUUGAAAGUAGGAGGCAGUACUGGAACGCCUGAACACGGUAGUGAAUCGCCGAGUCAGGCCACGAUGCUGUCGCAACAUUAUCAACAACAACUGGGCCUCAAUUAUUCUGUUAGUCAAGGAGACACAGAGUACGACAGAUAUGUCGGCCACAAGAAGCUCAAAAAAAAGAAGAAAAAGAAAGAUAAACGACAUAAACAUCAUCAUAAAGACAAGAAGAGACGAAAAGAAGAAUCGAGUCAGGAAUCAGUCGGCGACGCUGACGAAAAUUUAGCCGAGCCAGUACCUAAGAAGAGCUGUACUAAUCACAAUCAGUUGUUACCACUUAGGCCGCCACCAAGUGGCGAAUUAAGGGUAGGCGUUAGUAGUAUAAAUUCUCUAUCACCACAUCGUGAACCUAGAACAUGCGUUCUCAGAAAAAUAGCAGAGCGUACGCCUCUCCAGAGAUUGCUGGAACAUUUGUUGCGGUCAAUGGAAAAGCGAGAUCCACAACAAUUUUUCGCUUGGCCAGUUACGGACAGUAUCGCGCCCGGUUAUUCUCAGAUAAUCACAAAUCCCAUGGAUUUCAGUACGAUAAAACAAAAGAUAGAUGACAACAACUAUCAGAAUCUGCAAGAAUUCGUAGAUGAUUUCAAGCUCAUGUGCGAUAACGCUAUGACUUAUAAUCACUCUGAUACUAUUUACUACAAGGCGGCGAAAAAACUGUUGCACGUCGGUUUGAAGAUGGUCACUCCCGAGAAAUUACGGCAACUCAGACCAGUACUGAUGUACAUGAACGAUAUAACGAAGGAGGAGCUUGGAUUCGAAUUGGGCAUCGAGGAUCCCAACAAUCUAGAUGUUCCUGUAACGGAGGAGCAGAUCGAGCGGGAGCGUGAACAGGAGGAACGCAAUGAGGAGGCAGAAGAACUCAGAAAGGAAAAUCAGAGAAAAAUGAGACUGGCUAGUUUAGGCAAAUUCGAGGCGAUACCGGACGACUUGACGCCCGAAGAGAUACUGAAGCAAGCAAGAGGAGCGGCCAAAGCGGCGACGGAGAAACUCAGUCUGAAGAGAGCAAACUCUAAGAUGGGUUUUCUGCGACAGAAGAAAGACGGCACUACCAGUUUGCAGAUUAUUGUACCCGGGGACGGAAUCAUUCCUGGAACCAAUCAGAGACCUGUGUCGCUAGGUCAAUUGAUAGGCAAGUUGAACCAUGGCACGGGAGCAUUGGCCGGAUUUCGGGAAGAUCGUAGAAACAUGUCGAAACCGGUGAAACCGCUGUAUUACGGGGCGUUUGGUUCGUACGCACCAAGCUAUGAUUCGACGUUUUCUAAUCUUACCAAGGAGGAAACCGAUUUAGUCUAUCAGACUUACGGCGAUGAAACGGCUGUGCAGUAUGCUGAGUCAAUUCUGGAUUUCGCCAAGGAUUGUGAUUACACAUUGACCAUGGUCGACGACCUGUUGGACAUUCUCACAAGUGGGGAUCAUCGAAAGACGAAGAAGUUUCUUGAGGAAAAACGAAAAUUGAAGGAAGAAGAGGAAAAAAUCAAGCAUAUACUGGAGAAGCCUAUACAGGACAUGAAUCGUAACAUUUCAUCGCUGGAUAAGGUCAAGGUUGAUAUCGAGCAACUGAAGACACUCUCGGAACUCGGUAUCGACAUAAACUUCUUAGAGAAUUUAGAAGAAGAAUUUAAAUACAGUGAAGAACGCGCCGUUCUACAGAGUCGUCUGGAUGACACAUCACAGAUGCUGGGCCGGUUGAAACAAGUUCAGCACGAACGUUUGUCAGCGCCACCACCGGCACAUCUGUCCAAUGUUCCUAAAGCGGGAGAAGCUGAAGUGAUGCUGGCCGAGAAGAUCACUGAUAAUCUGACCGACAUAGCGAAGAAACUGCCACCGUCGGGGAUUGCGCCAGUCGAUGGAUUGCGUAGGGCGAUGGGCAUAGCACCCUUGGGUGGACCGGAACCCAUGGAAGUCGAACCGAUCACGCAUAACCCUACUAUAGUCGCCGACAGUCCGUUAUUGCCGCCAAAUGCGAACAAUGGAAAUAAUCAGGUGCUGUCAAACCUGCUGCCGACUUCUCCGAUUCAGAAUACGAAUCUAUUGAGUCCGACUGGUCAGCAGAAUCAGAAUAUCAGUAUUGUAGGCGCGAAUCAGCCGCCGCCGCCGCCGAUUCAGAUGCAGAUCGGUAUGACACACAGUAGUCAGACGCCGCCAUCCCUGUUGAGCGCGACGGAGCCAUCCGGCGUGACCGAUCUCGAGUCCGAAUUGCGCGAAUUUCUAGAAAGCGACCCCACAUUGGGACAUUCGCCUCUCCAUGAUGAUAAAACUCUGGAGGAUAUUUUGUCCGAAUCUUAGUGCAUGCGCAUGUUCCAAUCUGAGUGUGUUCUGCAAUACAUAUAACUUAUAAAUAGAAAUAUAUAAAUUAUAAAUAUACAGAGUUCUGUACAUUUUAUUAUCGACAUGCUAAUUUUUUUAUGUAUGAUUAAUAAAUUGAAU